AGCUCUCGGGCCCCAUCAGUGGAAGAUGAUGAAGACGGCCAUCUGAUUUAUCGCCAUGGCGAUGUCCUGCAAGACCGAUAUAAAAUCCUGGCUACCCUUGGUGAAGGCACUUUUGGCAAGGUGGUCAAGGUUAAAGAUCUGCACAAGGAUGGCACUAUGGCCUUGAAGAUCAUAAAGAAUGUUGAAAAAUAUAGGGAAGCUGCCAAGCUGGAAAUCAAUGCAUUGGAGAAAAUUGCUGAAAGGGAUCCCGAUGCAAAGCACCUCUGUGUUAAAAUGUUGACAUGGUUUGAUUACCAUGGUCACGUCUGCAUCGCAUUUGAGAUGUUGGGUCUCAGUGUGUUUGACUUUUUGAAAGACAACAACUAUCAACCAUAUCCAUUGGAUCAGGUUCGACACAUGUCCUACCAGCUGUGCUAUUCUGUAAAGUUCCUUCAUGAUAAUAAGUUGACCCACACCGAUCUCAAGCCUGAAAACAUCCUUUUUGUGGACUCUGAUUUUGAUAUCACCUACACCAAAAAGAAUCGUGAUGUACGGAGAGUCAAGAAAACAGAUGUGCGCCUUAUAGAUUUUGGAAGUGCAACAUUUGACCAUGAACACCAUAGCACUAUAGUUUCUACAAGACACUACAGAGCUCCAGAAGUCUUACUAGAGUUAGGAUGGUCGCAGCCCUGUGAUGUGUGGUCUAUUGGUUGCAUCAUGUUUGAAUUGUACCUAGGCAUCACUCUCUUCCAAACACAUGAUAACAGGGAACAUUUGGCAAUGAUGGAACGGAUCCUCGGACCUAUUCCAUACAGAAUGGCUAGAAAGACAAAAACAAAGUACUUCUAUCAUGGGAAGCUUGAGUGGGAUGAGAAGAGUUCCGCAGGACGUUAUGUUAGGGAAAACUGCAGGCCUUUGCACCGUUAUCAAAACUCAGACAGUGAAGACCAUCGACUGCUGUUCGACCUGAUCUCUCGUAUGCUGGAGUAUGAUCCUGCCACUCGUGUUACUCUGAGAGAAGCUUUAAAUCAUCCCUUCUUUGACAAGAUUCCUGAAGAUCUUAGGUUAGGUGAACACAGAAACCUUGGCUCGGGUUCUGGUGAUAACGGACGAGAACGCAGUCAUUCAUUGUCAAGGUGAUGGUAACUACUCUCUUCCGUUCUUUUCACCCCUCAUGUUUUGGUUUGGUGCGAGAUAGGGAGAGAGUCUUUAUCCCUCAAAAGACUUACUGAGUAAGCAUCUGGAGUUAUUCUCCAUCUCCAAGAAUGCCUGGAAAAGACACUCUUGUAUCGAAAUACCUGGUGAUAAUCAUUUUAAUUGACAUAAAGAUUCAGUAUUGCUUCCAAUCAUUGAAUUGAAGACGGCAAUGCCCUUUCAAAUAGGAAGUACGAUGGUGACUCCUGCACCUUAAGUACACAAUACAGUGUCCAACACAGUUUGGCAUUGUGAAGGACAUGCUGCUUUUUUCAGCAAACCAUUGCCAAUUUGUGUGUGAUAUGAUAAGUACAUGGUAGAUGAAUUAAGUGUGGAGAGUGUAUGUUUGUGUGCCUGUGUGUGUGCGCUACUUAUAAGUGUUACUUCUGUAAUUGUGAUGUGUUUUCUAAGGCAGCAUUCAAUUUUUGAAUUGUUGUAUGGUGUAAAUCACAAAUGUCCUUUGUGGCCUUUCUUUUUCAAAUAUUUACAAAACUUUGCUCACAUCAAUGCCCCUUGUUAUACCAAGGAAUGCACUCAAUGAAUUACUUAAUCAGCAUUCUUCAAGUUUCAUGCACAACUCAGUCACUUACCGUAAUUUCUGGUACUGCUUGGCUUUGCAGGAGAGGUAGUUUUGUUCCCAUGAAUUUCUCGCAGAUAUUCUUAAUACAAUUUUGUUUAGGGAAAAUUUAGAUUUUUUUUUAUCUGGAUGCAGGGGGAAAUAUUCCUUUUUAUUCCUGUCUUCUAUCUCAUUUUCUAUUUUGUUCCUUUUUUUAAAUGUGUUUGAGCAAGUGUCUCAAUAUUGCUGACUAAAUAAAUGUUUAGGAAAGCAUUACUUAGCUGCUGCAUUUUAGAGCAAGAAGUCAUUUUUAAGCGUCAGAUGUUCCAACUUCUCCCAUGGGGUUAAUAAUGUAGUGUCAUUAGGAUGUAAAUAAAUAUCUAUUUUUAAUGUAUUAUGA